AUGGUCGCCCAUCGAUCUGAAGCCAUGAAACAGUUGGUGUUCAAGGUGAGAAGACAGGAGGCUGAGCUUGUGCUUCCGGCUAGGCUGACCCCUCGUGUUCACUUGCCACUUUCAGACAUCGAUGACCAAGAGGGUCUUCGUUUUAAUAUUCCCUGCAUAAACUUCUACGGGGGCUCUGAACUUGAUAUUAGUGAUGAUAUGGGUCGCCGUAGAGAUGACCCAGUAAAAGUUAUUCGUGAAGCCCUCUCCGAGGCCCUUGUCUUUUACUAUCCAUUUGCCGGUCGUUUAAGGGAAGGACCUGCAGGGCGUAAACUUAUCGUGGAUUGCACCGGAGAACUAGGAAUCUUGUUUGUUGAGGCCGAUGCUGAUGUUACCCUCAAGCAGUUAGGCCUCCCCCUUCAACCUCCGUUCCCUUACUUGGAAAACCUUCUUCACGAUGUUCCGGGCUCGGACUGUAUACUUGGAUCUCCAUUUCUUUUAUUUCAGGUAACGCGCCUCACGUGCGGUGGCUUCGUCGUGGCAUACCGCUUUAAUCACACCAUGUGCGACGGGACAGGAAUGAUUCAAUUCUUAACGGCUGUCGGAGAACUUGCACGAGGGAGAGAACCUUCUGUGCCCCCCGCAUGGGAGAGAAAAUUGAUGAGCGCCAGGAAUCCACCGCGUGUGACUUGCAUUCAUCAUGAGUACGAUGAUGAUGAUCAGUUGGUCGGAGGAACCCCACUUGGCCUUGGGGAUUUAGUUCAUCGUUCUUUCUUUUUUGGAUCAUCAGAAAUUGAGACAUUGAGACAUCUCGUCCCUACUCCCCAACAACUGGCUACCACAUUCGACUUGAUAACGGCCUGCAUCUGGCGAUGCCGUACCAUAGCUCUCGGGUUCGAACCAAACGAGGAUGUGCGGAUUUUUUUUGCGGUCAAUGUCCGCAACAAGUUAUAUAAUCCGCCCCUCCCAACCGGUUACUACGGCAACGCUAUUGCGUUUCCGAGUGGUUUGAGCACGGCAGGUAUGUUAUGCAAAGAGCCGUUGGGUUACGCAUUGAAGUUGGUAAUGGAAGCUAAAGAGGAUGUGACAGAUGAGUACAUGAGGUCGAUAGCUGAUCUUAUGGUCUUGAGGGGACGACCUCCCUUCACGGAGGCACGCGCCUUUUUGAUUUCAGACUUGAGGAGGAUAGGGUUUGGAGAUGUCGACUUUGGUUGGGGAAAGGCCUGCUAUGCUGGAGUAGCCAAGUCCGACGUGGGACACAUACCGAGCUUGAUCAACUUUUAUGUAUCCAGUAAGAAUGAUAAAGACGAGGACGGAGCUCUCUUGCUACUUUCCCUUCCUGCUACUGCCAUGAUCGUAUUUGAGGAUCAACUACAAUGCCUACUAAAACAUGCUAUUAAAUAUCCUAUCAUAUCAACUUUAUAA